CACUUUUUUCUUAUUGUUUGAAUCAUUUUUUUUUUUUUUUGUAGAGGGCAGAAAAAAAAUUAAAAACAGCAUUGAAAUUUAAAAGCGUCUACUCUUUUUCUUUUUAUACCAUAUAGACACAACAACAACACAUAUAUAUAUAUAAAUUAUGGAACACAAGACCUUACCUAGUCACUUUUUAGGUGGUAAUACAAUUGAUGCUGCUCCUCAAGGACCCGUCAAAGACUUUGUCCAAGCACACGAAGGUCACACUGUGAUUUCCAAAGUGUUGAUUGCCAACAAUGGUAUGGCUGCCAUGAAGGAGAUCCGUUCCGUUCGAAAGUGGGCCUAUGAAACAUUUGGUAACGAAAGAGCUAUUGAAUUCACCGUCAUGGCCACACCCGAGGAUUUAAAGGCCAAUGCUGAAUAUAUUCGUAUGGCCGAUAACUUUGUUGAAGUACCCGGUGGAUCCAACAAUAACAAUUACGCUAAUGUUGAUUUGAUCGUUGACGUUGCCGAAAGAACAGCUGUCCAUGCUGUCUGGGCUGGUUGGGGUCAUGCUUCAGAAAACCCUCGUUUACCUGAAAUGCUCGCUAAAUCCAAGCACAAGUGUUUGUUCAUUGGUCCUCCUGCUUCUGCUAUGAGAUCAUUAGGUGACAAAAUUUCAUCUACCAUUGUUGCACAGAGUGCUCAAGUUCCUACCAUGGGUUGGAGUGGUGAUGGUAUUACAGAUACCGAACUGGAUGAAGCAGGUCACGUUAUUGUCCCCGAUGCAGCCUACCAAAGCGCUUGUGUCAAGAGUGCUGAAGAAGGUUUAGCUGCUGCUGAAAAGAUUGGUUUCCCCGUUAUGAUCAAGGCCUCUGAAGGUGGUGGUGGUAAAGGUAUUCGUAUGGCUCAUGAUGGUGCCAACUUUACACAAUUGUUUGCUCAAGUCCAAGGUGAGAUUCCCGGUUCCCCUAUCUUUAUCAUGAAAUUAGCUGGUAAUGCUCGUCAUUUGGAGGUACAAUUAUUGGCAGAUCAAUACGGUAACGCCAUCAGUUUAUUCGGUCGUGAUUGUUCCGUUCAACGUCGUCAUCAAAAGAUUAUUGAGGAAGCUCCCGUCACCAUUGCCAAACCCGAGAUCUUUGAACAAAUGGAAAAGGCUGCGGUUCGACUUGGUAAAUUGGUCGGUUAUGUCUCUGCUGGUACCGUCGAAUAUCUCUAUAGUCAUCACGAUGAAAAGUUUUAUUUCUUGGAAUUAAACCCUCGUUUGCAGGUAGAGCAUCCUACCACUGAAAUGGUAUCUGGUGUCAAUUUACCUGCUGCUCAGCUUCAAAUUGCUAUGGGUAUCCCCUUGCAUCGUAUUCGUGAUAUUCGUGUCCUCUAUGGUGUUCAACCCAAUAGUGCUUCCAGUAUCGAUUUCGGAUUUGAACAUGCUACCUCCCUCACCAGUCAUCGUCGUCCUACCCCCAAGGGUCAUGUCAUUGCCUGUCGUAUUACCGCUGAGAACCCCGAUGCUGGUUUCAAGCCUUCCUCUGGUAUCAUGCAAGAACUCAACUUCAGAUCCAGUACGAACGUCUGGGGUUAUUUCUCCGUUGUCUCUGCUGGUGGUUUGCACGAGUAUGCUGAUUCUCAAUUCGGUCAUAUUUUCUCUUAUGGUGAGAACCGUCAACAAUCACGUAAGAACAUGGUCAUCGCUCUUAAGGAAUUGUCCAUUCGUGGUGAUUUCCGUACCACCGUCGAAUACAUCAUUCGUUUACUCGAGACCCCCGAUUUCGAAGAUAACACUAUCAAUACCGGUUGGUUAGACAUGUUGAUCUCCAAGAAAUUAACAGCUGAACGUCCCGAUACAAUGUUGGCUGUGUUCUGUGGUGCUGUUACAAAAGCUCAUAUGGCCUCCAUGGAGUGUAUCCAACAAUACAAGCAAUCCCUCGAGAAGGGUCAAAUCCCCAGUAAAGGAAGUCUUCGUACUGUCUUUACCGUUGAUUUCAUCUAUGAUGAUAUUCGUUACAACUUUACCGUCACACGUUCUGCUCCUGGUGUCUAUACCUUGUACUUGAACGGUACCAAGACUCAAGUGGGUAUUCGUGAUUUAUCCGAUGGCGGUCUUUUGAUCUCCAUUGAUGGAAAGUCGCAUACCACUUAUUCUCGUGAUGAAGUGCAAGCCACACGUUUAAUGGUGGAUGGUAAGACUUGUCUUUUGGAAAAGGAAAGUGAUCCUACUCAAUUAAGAUCUCCUUCUCCUGGUAAACUUGUCAACUUGUUGCUCGAAAAUGGUGAUCAUUUAAAGGCUGGUGAUGCUUAUGCUGAAAUCGAGGUCAUGAAAAUGUACAUGCCCUUGAUCGCUUCUGAAGAUGGUCAUGUUCAAUUCAUUAAGCAAGCCGGUGCUACAUUGGAAGCCGGUGAUAUCAUUGGUAUUUUGUCCUUGGACGAUCCUAGCCGUGUCAAGCACGCACUUCCUUUCAACGGAGCCGUCCCUGCCUUUGGCGAACCCCAUAUCUCGGGUGACAAACCUAUCCAACGUUUCACCGACACCAAGAAUGUAUUGGAGAACAUUUUACAAGGUUAUGAUACACAAGCACUUGUACAAACCGUGGUUAAGGAUUUCGCUGAUAUCUUGAGCGAUCCCGAAUUACCUUACUCUGAGAUGACCGCUGUCUUAUCUGUUUUAUCCGGUCGUAUCCCUCAACGUUUAGAGAACUCACUCCAUAAGUUGGCUGAUGAGGCCAGUGCCGCUAAGCGUGAUUUCCCUGCUGUCGAAUUCGAAAAGAUGGUGGAGGAUUUUGCUCGUAACCAUAUCACACUCCAAUCAGAAGCCACUGCUUUCAGAAACGCUAUUGCUCCUUUAUCUAGUAUCUUUAGUCGUUUCAGAAACGGACUCAAGGAACAUGCCUAUGGUGUCUAUGUGCAACUUAUGGAACAAUACUACGAUGUCGAGAUCUUGUUCAACCAACAACGUGAUGAAGAAGUCAUCUUGUCGCUUCGUGAUCAAAACAAGGAUGAUUUGGACAAGGUAGUUGCUGUGGUUUUAUCCCACGCCAAGGUCAAUAUCAAGAACAACUUGAUUUUAUUGUUGCUCGAUAUUGUGAACCCCGUUAGUACCGGUGCUGCUCUUGACAAGUACUUCACACCCAUCUUGAAGCGUUUGUCCGAGUUGGAAAGUCGUGCUACUCAAAAGGUGACCUUGAAGGCUCGUGAACUUUUGAUCCUCUGUCAAUUACCUUCUUAUGAAGAACGUCAAGCUCAAAUGUAUCAAAUCUUGAAGAGCUCCGUCACUGAGUCUGUCUACGGUGGUGGUUCCGAAUACCGUACCCCCAGUUAUGAUGCUUUCAAGGAUUUGAUCGACACCAAGUUCAAUGUGUUUGAUGUUUUGCCUCAUUUCUUCUAUCACGCCGAUCCUUAUAUCGCUUUAGCUGCUAUCGAAGUCUACUGUCGUCGUUCUUACCAUGCUUACAAGAUCUUGGACGUUGCCUACAACUUGGAGCAUAAGCCCUAUGUCGUUGCCUGGAAGUUCUUAUUGCAAACCGCUGCUAACGGUAUUGAUUCCAACAAGCGUAUUGCUUCUUACUCUGACUUGACCUUCUUAUUGAACAAGACCGAAGAAGAGCCUGUACGUACCGGUGCCAUGACCGCUUGUAACUCCUUAGCUGAUCUCUCCUCCGAGUUACCUCGUAUCUUGACCGCUUUUGAAGAAGAACCCCUCCCCCCUAUGUUGGCUAACAAGUCACCCAAGGAAGAUCGUAUGGAAAACAUUUUGAACAUUGCUGUCCGUGCUGAUGAAACAAUGGAUGAUACUAGUUUCCGUACCAAGAUUUGUGAGAUGAUUACUGCUAACGCUGAUGCUUUCCGUAAGGCUCAUCUUCGUCGUCUUUCCGUGGUCGUAUGUCGUGAAAACCAAUGGCCUGAUUACUACACUUUCCGUGAACGUGAAAACUAUCAAGAAGAUGAGACUAUUCGUCAUAUUGAACCAGCCAUGGCUUAUCAACUUGAAUUAGCACGUCUCUCUAACUUUGAGAUCAAGCCUUGUUUCAUUGAGAACCGUCAGAUGCAUGUGUACUAUGCUGUUGCUAAGGAAAAUCCUUCAGAUUGUCGUUUCUUCAUUCGUGCGUUGGUUCGUCCUGGUCGUGUCAAGAGUUCGAUGCGUACAGCUGAUUAUUUGAUCUCCGAGAGUGAUCGUCUCUUGACUGAUAUCUUGGAUACGCUUGAGAUUGUCAGCCACGAGUAUAAGAACUCGGAUUGUAACCACUUGUUCAUCAACUUUAUCCCUACAUUUGCCAUUGAGGCAGAUGAGGUAGAACAUGCCUUGAAGGACUUUGUGGAUCGUCACGGUAAGCGUCUUUGGAAACUUCGUGUGACCGGUGCCGAAAUUCGUUUCAAUGUGCAAUCCAAGCGUCCUGAUGCUCCCAUCAUUCCUAUGCGUUUCGCUGUGGAUAACGUUUCUGGUUUCAUCUUGAAGGUGGAGGUGUAUCAAGAAGUUAAGACCGAAAAGAGUGGUUGGAUCUUGAAAUCCGUCAAUAAGAUUCCUGGUCCCAUGCACAUGCAACCUUUAUCCACUCCUUAUCCUACCAAGGAAUGGCUCCAACCUCGUCGUUACAAGGCUCAUUUGAUGGGUACCACUUACGUGUAUGAUUUCCCUGAACUCUUCCGUCAAUCUAUCCAAAACCAAUGGACUCAACUCUGCAAGCGUAACCCUCUUGUCAAGCAACCCAGUCAUUUGGUUGAGGCCAAGGAAUUGGUGUUGGAUGAAGAUGAUGUACUUCAAGAAAUUGAUCGUGCUCCCGGUACCAACACCGUGGGUAUGGUCGCUUGGAUCAUGACCGUGCGUACCCCCGAGUACCCCAGUGGUCGUCGUAUCAUUGCUAUUGCUAACGAUAUCACCUUCAAGAUUGGUUCCUUUGGUGUUGCUGAAGAUCAAGUGUUCUACAAGGCCUCUGAACUUGCUCGUCAACUUGGUAUCCCUCGUAUUUACUUGUCUGCCAACUCUGGUGCUCGUAUUGGUCUUGCUGAAGAAUUAAUUGGUCAAUUCAGUGCUGCCUGGAAGGACCCUACAAACCCCACUGCUGGUUUCAAGUACCUUUACUUGACCCCUGCUGCUCAUGAAGCGCUUGUUCAACAAGGUGAUGCCAAGAGUGUGAUUGUGGAAGAAAUUCAAGAUGAAGGAGAGACACGUCUUCGUAUCACAGAUGUGAUUGGUCAUACUGACGGUCUUGGUGUUGAGAAUUUGAAGGGAUCUGGUUUGAUUGCUGGUGCCACUUCUCGUGCCUAUGACGAUAUCUUUACCAUCACUUUGGUUACUUGUCGUUCUGUCGGUAUUGGUGCUUACCUUGUUCGUCUUGGUCAACGUACUAUUCAAAACGAGGGUCAACCUAUUAUCUUAACAGGUGCUCCUGCCUUGAACAAGGUCUUGGGUCGUGAAGUGUAUACCUCUAACUUGCAAUUGGGUGGUACUCAAAUCAUGUACAAGAACGGUGUUUCUCAUUUGACCGCCGAAAAUGAUUUGGAAGGUAUUGCCAAGAUUGUGCAAUGGCUUUCAUUUGUUCCCGAUGUCAAGAACGCUCCCGUUACUAUGCGCUUGGGUACUGAUCCCGUUGAUCGUGCCAUUGAGUAUUGUCCCCCUAAGGGUCCCUCCGACCCUCGUUUCUUCUUGGCCGGUAAGAGUGAAAAUGGUAAAUGGUUGAGCGGUUUCUUCGAUCAAGAUUCGUUUGUGGAAACCUUGAGUGGUUGGGCUCGUACUGUCGUCGUUGGUCGUGCUCGCUUAGGUGGUAUCCCUAUGGGUGUUGUCUCUGUUGAAACUCGUACUGUUGAAAAUAUCGUACCUGCUGAUCCUGCCAAUGCUGAUUCAACUGAACAAGUGUUCAUGGAAGCCGGUGGUGUAUGGUAUCCUAACUCUGCUUACAAGACUGCUCAAGCCAUUAACGAUUUCAACAAGGGUGAACAAUUGCCCUUGAUGGUCUUUGCUAACUGGCGUGGUUUCUCCGGUGGACAACGUGAUAUGUAUCACGAAGUGCUCAAGUACGGUGCUCAAAUUGUGGAUGCUCUUAGUAACUACAAGCAACCUGUCUUUGUCUACAUUGUCCCCAACGGUGAACUUCGUGGUGGUGCUUGGGUCGUGGUAGAUCCUACCAUCAACCAAGAUAUGAUGGAGAUGUACGCUGAUGUCAAUGCACGUGGUGGUGUACUUGAACCCGAGGGUAUUGUUGAGAUCAAGUACCGUAAGCCUGCUCUUUUGGCUACUAUGGAACGUCUUGAUCCUGCCUAUGCUGCCUUGAAGAAGCAAUUGUUGGAGGAAGGCAAGACCGAUGAGGAAUUAGCUGCUCUUAAGCUCCAAAUCGAAGCACGUGAACAAGAAUUGAUGCCUGUCUAUCAACAGAUCUCUAUCCAAUUUGCAGAUCUUCAUGAUCGUACAGGUCGUAUGAAGGCCAAGGGUGUGAUCCGUAAGCCUCUUGAAUGGUCUAACGCUCGUCAAUACUUUUACUGGCGUGUACGUCGUAGACUUUCUGAGGAAUAUGCUUUCCGUAAGAUCGUGUCUGCCACCAAGAACGUUAUGUCUCGUGAGGAAAUGUGUGCUCUUGUCAAGCAAUGGUUUGAAAACGAUAACGAAGCUGCUGUCUAUGAUGAUGCUGAUCAACUUGUUGCUGAAUGGUUUGAAAAGCGUGCUAGUGUGAUUGAACAACGUAUCACCAAGUUGAAGAGUCAAGCACUUCAAGAACAAAUCGUCUCUCUUGCUGCUGAUGAUCAAGAGGCUGUUGUGGAAGGUUUCAGUCAAUUAAUGCAAAACUUGAGCCCUGAAGCUCGUGCUGACAUCUUGCGUAAAUUGAACGCUCAAAUCUAAAAAAGAACAAAAAAAGAAUUAUAAAUAUUUUAACUCACCCCCCUUUUUCCCCCAUCUCCCCUCCCCCUCGCACUUAUACAUUUGUCAAACGGGUUUUAAUCCAAAACACGCCAUCCCAUAUUAUAAAUAAAGAAUAAAUAUUAAUUAAAAUUAA